AUGUCGGGCACACAUGAUCCGGAUGCUGCCAUCCAUGCACCCUGGUUUGUGGAGGGACGCUUUGAUGUGCAUCUCUAUUAUCAUGAUUGGCCGGAUCCCUACGAGCCCACUUCGCCGACGGUGAUUGACUCCGAUGUUCAGUCCAGCUCUUCUGCACGCACGGUGGAGUAUAUUCGGGAUGACAAUGUUGCUGAUGGGCCACCCUUGCUGCGCUUAUCAUUCUAUGUAGGUACCCCAAGUCUGCAACUGAUCGAGCCUGACCCAAGUCACACCACGGAGUGUAUGGCCAGGCACUUUCUACGUGUUGGCAGCUUCUUUGAGGAUCAACUAUCAUCGUUGUGGGACCUACUUCCGCAUGACAGCCCGCGUGGACAUCAAACAUUUUUCGACGGAGGCUCCACUGCUGCAUUCUCGUUCACUACGGGUGCUUUUCAAGCUGGCGGACUGGUCGGCGUACGCAGCAACGCGCUUCAGAUGCCAUGGGUCACUGCAUUGCUUUGUCGUAUUGUGCACUCUGUAUUGCUUGGCGAGGGUGCUGAGGAUCAUCACUUCACUUCGCUUUCGCUUUUGAGGAAUGUGCAUUCUGGCAUACAUAGAGAUGGCAACAAUCAUCCUUCCUGCAACAGCUUGCUUAUCCCAUUGAGCCGCUUCUCUGGUGGUGAAUUAUGGUGCUACAAUGCUGCUUCAGGGGACGUUUGUUAUCCUGGUACUGAUUUGCCGGGGCUGGCUCACGCAGUGACUCCACCUUUUCUGGAGUUCGACUCACACGAGCUGCAUGGUACUCUUCACUGGACUGGUAUUCGUGUGGUACUCGCGGUGUAUCACAUGAAAACUCCGGAUGCCUUGAGUGACGGCGAGAUGCAAUUCCUACGGCAGGUCUUACCUUUCGGCGCAAAGCCCUCUGUACAAGGCUUUUGUCGUGCAUCAGGGGCGAUCUGGGCUGUAGGACAAGCCCUGCUCCACAUCCACUGGUCCGUCUUCUUUGACGAUUAUGUGGUAGUGGCCUCGCCUGAGGAAAAGGGUCACCUUGAUCUUGUGUUACGGUCGUACUUUGCCUUGGUCGGCUGGGAAACGUCCGAUGAAAAGGACGCCGGGUUCAAAAGUGUGGCAAAAGCCUUAGGCGUAGAGUUUAGCCUGGGCGAGAUCCACUUAGGUCUGCUUAGGGUGCAAAACACAGAGGCUAGGAAGCGCGAGCUUGUGUCCACCAUCGAAUCCAUCGUGCAGCAAGGUGGAGCGCAUGCCAAAGAGCUUGAGUGCUUGCGGGGCCGUCUUCAGUUCGCUGAGUCGCAGGUGUUUGGUCGGGGUGCGGCCCAACGCAUGCGAGCUAUAUCAAAAGCAAUGAAGCUUUCAGGUUUUGUGGCCCUUGACGACUCCUUGACCGAGGCCCUGCUUUUCUUGAAAGAUCGAGUUUUGCACGGGGAAGCAAGGAUCAUCAGGGCUUGUGAUCGUCCCACCUACCACUUGUUCACGGACGCUUCCUAUGAAGCGGAUAUGCCGGCCGGUCUAGGGGGCAUCCUUUAUAGUGAUGGGGGUUUGCUUCUUAGGUGGUACUCUGAGUCUGCCGACACGGACGUUUUAGAGGCCAUAAACAAAGAGGGCAAACAAGGUCUGAUCUAUGAGUUGGAAGCUUGUGCCGCUGUGCAAGGCGUGGUGCAGCUCUGCAGUUCCUUGAAUGACUGCAACCUCAUUUGCUAUGACAAUGAGGCCGCCCUCGCGGCCCUCAUCAAAUGUGCUUCUGAAUCCCCGGUGGUAGCAUCGCAGCUCAACAAGCUCAGCAUGCUUGAAGAUGAGAAAGGAAUCAGCAUAUGGUUUGAAAGAGUGGAGUCGUCUGCAAACCCGGCCGACGAUCCUUCGCGCUUUGUGCUUAGCAAGCUUCCUGUUAACUUCAGAGUCCGUUGGAUCCCAGGCGAAGAGCUGUUGUUCUAG